AUGCCGGCCCAAAAGACCUUGUUUGCUUUCCUCUUGGUCAUCUCGGCACUUGCUGGACUUGCUUCGGCCGCCCCAGCUCCUGCGAGCACCACCGCAUUUGGUGACGGCCCCCCCGAUAAACCCCAUGCCGUGAAUCAGCUUGCGUGCGAUGAGCAAAAGCUGUCUCCUAAAAAGCAAAGAGAUAACAGUAGUACUAAUGCGUCUGAGAAACCCCAUGCCAUCAAUCAGCUCGCCUGCUCCGAGGACAAAGCGGGUGGCGCCACCCCUACCCCUUAG